AUGGAUAAUAAGAAUAAAGAAUUUGUCUCGCAUGCUACGCUUCCACGUAAAGAAGAGCUCCGUUGCAUUGUUUGUGAAAUCGAUUUUAUCGAAGUUCAAAAUUCGUUAGCAAAGUCGAAUUAUCAUUGGCAAACAUUAAAAUGUCGAUUAAUUAUUCAUAUUUUUCCUGAAAUUAUUGCAUCUCCACAACCUGGCACAAAUAAUUCAAUAGUUAUUAUCGUUUCUAAUAAAUUUUUGAAGACUGGAAAAUUGCAGAAAACUUUACGAACUUUGAAUAUGCUGUUUAAAAAUCCACAACCAGUAACAAUAGAAGAUUAUAUCAUUUGUCUUAAUUAUACGAUAGAAUGUAAAUUAGCACCAAGAUGGAACAAAGUUGGACAAUAUUUUAUUUUAUAUUGGAACAAAUUUAUAGAUGAAAACGUGUCGUUUACAUUUCAACCGAGGAAACUCAAAAUACCGUUUAUACAAUUAGAAGAUUUUUAUUUGUUACGUUCAACGAUAGUUGAUUUUCUAAUAGAUAAUAAUGGUUUUAUCAAUUUGGUAGAUUUUUCUCAAUCGGUAUACGCCUUACCAAGUAUGUGUAUGGGAAAAGUUAUAUCUGUAACUAAAAAGAUUCCAUCAAGUUGUCCAUUCAAAGAUUAUGUACAAUUACGUAGACAUUGGAAGAAUAUGUAUGGUUAUCGGUUACCCCAAACAUCUGAAGGAAUUAUUUAUUACAAUAUUAAAUUUCCAUUUUCCAGUGUUAAUCGUUUUACAUAUCCAAACACAUGCGUAGCUUUUAAACCUAUACAAUUAUUUCCUUGCAACGAUAGCGAGUAUAUAAUUUCUCAAUUUAUUGAUGAUAUAUGUGAGACAAUAUCUGAUAUAUGUGGCAAUCGGUUACAAAUAUUGUCGCAUCAAAAAACAAAUUAUACAUCAAGUAUUAAGAAUAAACUAUCACCACCAGAAAACAAAAGAACGAGUUCAUUUUUUAUGGAUAUGACAAAUACUGAAAAAAAACCGAGAUUAGAGUUUUCAUCAAAAUAUGAACAUUGGUUAUUAACUAAUACAGAAAAACCAAUGUGUCAAACAUUAAAACCAACUGGAUAUUUAAAUGAAAUUGAAAAAAUUCAUACUACGAGUAUACCUGUUGCUAUUAAUAAUAAAAAAACAAUUCUUAAUGAUCAAGAUGAAAUAAACGAUAGUAAAUUAAUGAAUAAUAAUUCAUUAAAUUACAAUGAAACACUUGCUACAUCUUCUAAUUGUGUACAGCAUAUGAAGAGAAAAUGUCCAGUUUUUGAUAUCAAUAGAGAAUCAAUGUAUUCCAUACAACAAAGUACGGAUACUAAUACAAAAUUAAAUCAAACAUUUGUGAAUAUCAGGAAUGAUAUAAAAAUGAAUCAAGAAGUUGACAUAGAAUUGUUAGCGAAACUUAACCAAUUAAAUCAAGUUAAUAGUUCUGUUUUAAGAGAUUGGUUACAGAGAUAUUCAAUUCCAUAUAAAGUCAAAGACAAGAAGACUGAUUUAAUAUCAAAAAUAAUGGGCCACAUAAAGAAGAAAGGAACUCACAAGUAG